GUUGGACUGGGUAUUUCUGUUUCGAGCACGUUGUUGUGAGGAGUUCUUCGACUUCUUCGUGUUAUGAUGGAAAAAAAGGGUUCUGAGAAGAAGAGAAGACUAAAGUGGUGUUAAGCGGUUGGCCUUUGUUGCGAAGAGUUGUACAGUCUGUGAAAAUUUGUGAUAUUUUUGGUUGAUUAAAAUGUCGAGUACCAUGUCGAGUACCGAAAUCCAGACCAUCCCCCGGCUGUUCCCCCACAAGAUGGAGGAAAAAAGGCUAGUGAGGACCUCCUCCCUGGAGAAGAUACGCAGGUUCAACAGCUUCAUAUGCUCGCAGCAGUACUACAUCCUGCCCGCGCUCCUGGCGUGGCUGCGCUCCUCCCAGUCCGUCCUGCAGUCCUCCACCGAGAAGACCAUCUUCUUCUUCCGCUCGCUGAUCUUCAGCCACCUCCUCUACAAGCUCUACCAAGUGGAGUUCCGGACCAUCCUCUCCAACGUUCUCGCUUUGUUCGAGAAGCAAAUUCGAGUGCAGUAUGGCAGGAUCACCCGGGUGGAGAAUCUACUUAGGAUGGGGGUGGUCAUGGUGGUGGCGGUGCUUUUGACUGAGUUGGUGGUGUGUUUCUACUUACUGUGUCUGACUGGUGCGCCCAGCGGCCUCGUCUUUUUGAUAGUUUGCUGUUUUUACAUUAUUUAUUUGAACGUAAGGGCCGGUGGCUACGUGGACAAGAAAAGUGUGAUGAAGAAGAGGAACUAGGUGCUUUAGAGUAGGGUUAAUUUAUUGCUAUUGUAGUUGAUAAGGUCGAAAUUGUUUUUGUACUUGAUGAUGACAAAUAUAUCCUAUUUUGAUAUGG